GCUUUACUCUGAGUGGUACGAUGCAGGGCCGUACGCAGAAUCGCAAGGUAAUGAAAACGCCGUGUGCUGCGUAUGGAUCAUACAUGCAGGCGAACCGAACUGACUGAAUGCGAACAUUCCUCGCGCGCAUCCGGCGUGCAAAUCUGCACUGCCCUGCAGUCAUCUUGAGCUGCUGGCUUCUGAUCUCUGCUCUUACACUCACUUCUGCUGUUUCACGAUCAACUGUUUAGUUUCUCGUUCCUACACUGGGUCAUUACUUUCGCUGAAGGCUCGUCGAGUAAUUCUGCUGGUUCCUGGAACGGCGCAUUCACAUGUUCGCUUCGAGAUGAAGUGGUUUAGCCCUGCGAGAGCGCUAGCCGCCCUCAGUCUACUUUCGACGGACGCUGUGCGACAUGUCAGUGCGAUUGAUUUGGAUCCUGCCUCACCAGAAUCAAUCAAAGAUGCAGCAUCGAAGAUUGCAAAAGAGCUGGUCGCGCAAUAUGCGACCAAAGACAACGCGGGCGUGCAUGUCCUCGGUGGCUAUCCUGGAGUACUGUAUCCGCCUUACUACUGGUGGCAAGCAGGAGCUAUGUUCGGGACGUUGCUUGAUUAUUGGAGGUAUACUGGGGAUGAUCAGUACAACGACAUGAUGCGCGAAGGCAUGAUACAUCAAUUCGGCGAGAAGCUGGACUUGAUGCCAUAUAAUCAGUCGAAGAACGAAGGAAACGAUGACCAGGUCUUCUGGGCAUUCACCAUGAUGUCCGCUGCAGAGUACAACUUCCCUGCGCCUCCUGACGACAAACCAGGCUGGCUCGCGAUGGUUCAGUCUGUAUUCAACCAAUUCGUCAAGCGCUAUCAGAAGGAGGUUGAUGACGGCAAUUGUGGUGGUGGAAUGCGGUGGCAGAUCUACCCAUGGCUGAACGGCUGGACGUAUAAAAACACGGCAUCGAAUGGCGGCCUUUUCCACCUGGGCGCCCGACUCGCCAUGUACACGCAAAACGACACAUACGCUAAAUGGGCCGAGAAGGCAUACGACUGGAUGGACAACAGCGCGUUAAUUGAAGAGGACGGCACUAUCAACGAUGGCAUGAGCAUGACUACGGACCCGCCGUGCAAAGAAGCAGACAGGAUACCUUGGACCUACAACUACGGCAUCAUGAUUGCAGGAGCCGCAUACAUGUACAACUACACCAACGGCGCCGAAAAAUGGCGUUCGGCACUCGCUCGACACCUGAACAAAACCGAACAAUUUUUCCCAGAGUACUACCGGGGCAUCAUGACCGAAAUCUGCGAAGCAAAAGAACUUUGCAACACGGACCAAGAAUCCUUCAAAGCCUACCUCGCACGCUGGCUGGGUGUUUGCAUACAAAUGGCGCCCUGGACACACGACAUUAUCAUGCCGCACCUGCAAACGUCCGCUAAAGCCGCAGCGCAGACGUGCGUCGGCGCCAGCAAGCACGGCGCGGGCAACUACGCCUGCGGCACGCGCUGGUGGUGGGAGGGCUUUGACGGCGUUCAGGGCGUCGGGCAGCAGAUGACGGCGCUGAAUGUUAUAUCUGUGCUGAACGUGGAUCGCGUUGCGCCGCCGUAUACGUCCAAGACGGGCGGCGAGAGUAAAGGUGAUCCAGGACUGGGCACGGGAAGUGUCGAUGAUGAUAUUCCCCAGCUGCACACCCAUCCCAUGACUACGGCGGAUAAGGCAGGAGCGUCGAUUUUGACGAUACUUGUCAUGGCGUUCGUGUUCGGUGGUGCGUGGUGGCUUUGUAUUGAGUAAAGAGAUGGGUUGAAUAAUGGCAAACUGGCGGGCAUGUAGCUGGUGGAGUUCUGGCGUUCGGUCCACGAGGAGUUUAUAUGUGUGCAGUCUGUGCACUGACAGCGCCAUCUAUUGAUGCACGGCUUUUCUUGGUCUAGGGAGAGGUUUCGGGAGGUCACACGGUUUCCUCAUAGCACUGAUAUUAUGGGGGUACUUUGGAACACUAGCUGUUGCAUUGACAUUCUCCCUAGAUUAAACAAUCCAUUAGUACGCAGCCAAAGCAGG